AUGGUUGAAACAAUCAAAAUCGAAACAACAACAAUACCAAUAACAACAACAACAACAACAACAACAACCAUACUCAUUCUCCUCAUCCUACCCCCUCUUCCUCUUCCUCUGCCUAUUCUACUCCUUCGUCACCUUAUUCUUCACCUCCUUCCCGUCGCCCCACUCGUUGUCACCAGACUGGCAGGGUGAGUCCGCUCACUCUGGCAGCCUGGAAUGUUCGUUCCCUUUUAGACAAUCCGAGGAGCAACCGACCGGAACGGAGGACAGCGCUAGUGGCCCGGGAACUGGCGCCCUACAAGGUGGACAUCGCCGCACUCAGCGAGACCCGAUUCUCCGAACAAGGCCAAAUGGAGGAGGUGGGUGCCGGCUGCAACUUCUUCUGGAGUGGUCGGCCCAAUGCGGAGCGACUAGACUCGGGUUUCGCCUUCGCCUUGCGGAACUACAUCGUGGGACGACUUCCCAGUCUUCCGCAGGGCAUCAGCGAUCUUCUGAUUUGCUUCCGUCUGCCUCUCCUCCUGGGGGCAAUUUCGCCAACAUCAUCAGUGCCUACGCUUUGCCGAUAUGCAGCCCCGAAGCCUCCGCAAUUGACAAAUUCUACGAAUACCUGCACGCCCUCUUGUCGACUGUGUCGGUGGCGGACAAUUUAAUUGUCCUUGGUGACUUUAACGCCCGAGUCUGCACAGGCCAUACUGCCUGGUGAGGAGUGCUAUAUCCCCACGGUCUCUGCGGCUCAAAUGACAACGUACUGCUGCUGCUCCGCACCUGCGCAGAACACCGCCUCAUCCUGACGAGCACCUUCUUCUGCCUGCCGGAGCGAGAGAAGGCCACCUGGAGACAUCCUCGGUCGCGUCAGCGGCACCUGCUGGAAUAUGUCCUCGUCCGGAGGCGAGAUCAGCGGGACGUGCUGGUGACGAAGGCGAUCGCGGUUGCUGACGGGUGGCCCGACCAUGGCCUCGUCAUCUCGAAGAUGCGUAUUCGCCUACAGCCUUGCAGGAGACCACAAGGCAUGCGACCCCCAGGUAAGCCGAAUAUUGCCUUGUUGUCUUUGCCCGCUCAUCAUCUUCAUUUCAGCAGUGAGCUAGCUGAAAGGCUAGACAACCUUCCUAUCGCUGCCGACGCCGCCGCUGCCGAGAACGCCUCAGUGGAGAGCCGCUGGUGUCAACUGCGAGACACGGUCCAGUCGACGGCGCUCGUCGUCCUUCGUCGCGCUCCCCGUCAACACCAGGACUGGUUCGACGACAACGAUGCCGCCAUCAGAAAUCUGCUUGCUGAGAAGAACCGCCUACACAAGGCCUACGCAGAUCACCCCACUGAAGCCACCAAAUCUGCCUUCUACCGCAAUCGCCGCCAAAUUCAGCAACGUCUGCUCGAGAUGCAGGACACCUGGCUGCUCGCAACGCUGAGAAGAUCCAAGGAUACACGGACCUCAACGAAUGGGAGAACUUCUUCUCCGCGAUCAAAGCUGUCUACAGUCCGCCGACGAAGGGCACUGCUCCUCUCCUCAGCGCCGACGGUAGCACUCUCCUGACUGAGAAGACACAAAUCCUGUAGCGAUGGUCCGAGCAUUUCCGAGGCGUCCUCAACCGCCCCUCCGCCAUCGCCGACGACGCCAUCGCCGACGACGCCAUCGCCCGUUUGCCGCUAGUGGAGACCAACGUGGACCUCGACCUCCCGCCAUCUCUUCAGGAAACCAUCAAGGCCGUGCAGCAGCUCUCCAGCGGGAAAGCACCCGGAUCGGACGCAAUCCCUGCUGAGGUCUACAAGCACGAAUGUCCCCAACUGAUGGUUCACCUGACUGCGCUCUUCCAGGGGAUGUGGCGUCAAGGUGAAGUCCCGCAAGAUUUCAACGACGCAACCAUCGUGCAUCUGUACAAGUGAAAAGGAAAUUGCCAGGUCUGCGCCAAUAUCACCGGGAAGAUCUUCGCUUGCAUCCUUCUCAACCGCCUCAAUAACCAUCUGGAACAGGGCCUUCUGCCGGAAAGCCAAUGCGGCUUCCGUCGUCAUCGUGGGACCACGGAUAUGAUCUUCGCCGCCCGUCAACUUCAGGAGAAGUGUCAGGAGAUGCGGACCCACCUGUACUCUACCUUCGUAGACCUGACGAAAGCCUUCGACACGGUGCAUCGUGAAGGACUGUGGAAGAUCAUGCAGAAAUUCGGCUGUCCGGAGCGAUUCAUUCAGAUGGUGCGUCAGCUGCACGACGGCAUAAUGGCGCGAGUCUCGGACAACGGAGCUGUCUCAGAGGCAUUCGCAGUAACUAACGGAGUGAAGCAGUGA